AUGUAUGAUCGAGAACUCCAAUUUUCGACCAUUGCGUAUAUUGUGAAGGAUAAUGAGCAAGACAUAUUAAAACUACUAAGUAAAAAGCUACAUAGCUGGUAUAUACAGAGCUGUAUAGCUGUCCCCCGCCCAAUCAUUGAAAGGGGUGAAAAUGUCCCCGUUUUUAACGGGGAUAAAUCCGUUAUGGUUGAAACCGAACCCUCUGUGGUGACCGGCAGCAUUUUGAUAUCCUUGGCCGAAGGAGAGGUCAACUGCAAGGGCUCUGCCUUUUGCGAAAGAAUCGGUUCUAGCUGUGACGAUGCUUAUCGCAAGGGUAUUCACAGCAACACCUACAGCACUUACCUCGAGUAUGUGACGGGCUGCUAA